AGUCUUCUCAUUUGCAGGUCAGCAUGGGAGACUGGGGAUUCCUCUCUACACUUUUAGACAAAGUGCAGUCUCACUCAACCAAUAUUGGGAAGGUUUGGCUGACGGUUCUGCUGAUCUUCAGAAUAAUGGUUCUUGGGGCUGGACUGGAUAAAGUCUGGGGAGAUGAACAGUCCAGUAUGGUCUGCAACAUCAAAACUCCUGGUUGCUUGAAUGCAUGCUACGACCAUGCCUUCCCCAUUUCCCAUAUGCGAUUCUGGACGCUCCAAAUCGUCUUUGUGGCCAUCCCCAGUCUGGUCUACCUCGGCUACGUUCUGCAAGUCAUCCACAAAGAAAACAAAUUGAGACGGCAUUUACAAAACCAGGCAGAGAAAAGUGGUGUCAAACUACCCAAAUACACUGAUGACAACGGGAAGAUUUAUUACAAAGGAGGCCUGCUUGGUUGCUAUAUGUUGAGUCUCUUUGUGACUAUAUUGUUUGAAUCAGGGUUCAUUGUAGGCCAGUACUAUUUAAUUGGGCUUUGGAUGCCCACACAGCUAGAAUGUAAAGUGGACCCUUGCCCUAAAAUCGGCUUGCAUUGUUUUACAUCCCGCCCAACUGAAAAGAGCAUCUUCAUUAUCUUCAUGCUCGUUGUGGCGUGUGUGUCUUUGGUUUUGAAUCUAGGAGAAAUAUUCUAUCUGAUGGGUCGUAGGAGGCAGCACAAGAUGAGGCCACCUGCAGUGGCUGAGAUGGAGAACUUAACCCUUACUAAGACAUUUUGCUAAAUUAAACAGUCUGAAAUGUCAUCAUAUUUCCCUUAGACCCAUGUCUGGAGCUCAAGCCCUCCACCAUUUCCUGUUCUAUUCAAAGAUUAAAGAUUCACAUGUUCUGUGAGAGAUAAUUAUUAUCCCUGAAUGUGCUCUA